CUUCUUUUUCUUUUUUUCUCUCUCGGCCGGUUCGAUCCGUUCCUCUUUCUUCAGAACUUUCGGGCGAUUCAUUCUUUCAUGUUCCUGUUCGAAAAAUGUCCACGAUCGAGAAGCUCUUCGUUCAGAUAUUCGAGAGAAAGCAGUGGAUAAUCGACCAAGUCAAGCACCAAACGGAGUUGCACGAGCAACACCUCGCCUCCAAACUUCUCAUCGAAGGAUUCCGCCCUCCUCCAUGGCUCCUCAGCGCUGCGUUUCCCUCUCAAACUUCAGAUCCCAAAGAUUUGAAGAAAGAAGAGCUGAUCUCGGGAAUUCUGCUCACACAUCCACGACCUGCAGCCUCGUAUUCAGAUGUUCAGUGUUCUAUAUACAACAACCCAGUUGUUGCAGUUGCUACUGAGGAGUUUUCAGGUGGUUUAAUUGUGGGAAAAUGUGCCGCUAACAAUGAUCUCGAAGCAGAAGAUAUAUCAACAGUUGUGCCCCAAAGCCCUGUUGAUGAUAUUGGAGGUGCCUUUAAUGGCGUUCCAAAUCCAGAGACUAGUGCUAACUCUCCGCAACAUAGAACAGAUGCAAGCAUCUCUGAAAUCUGCCCUGAGCUUCAUCAAUCACUGGCAAGGAUGCAAAGGUCAAGGUCAAGACAAAGAGCUCUGGAGCUUCGCAGCAGUGCAAAAGCAGGAGUUAAGAGCCGUUCAAGUGAUUUAAAGAGCCCUAGUAUUGAUUCUAGAGGAAUCUCAGGGUCUAGAAUGUCCUUCCAGCAGCCUAACUAUGCUAUUGAGUCAGUGGGAUAUGCCAAACCUUCUGACAUCUCUAAUGAGAGCUGUGGAGCGAGGGAAGGAAAGAUAGUAGAUUGCCAGAGCAAGGAAGAAGAUGGCACACAUUCUGGUAGAAUUGCAAAAUCUGAAAGUUCUUGCAAGCAGCCCAAAAAUGAGAAGAAGAGCGUGAGAAUGGAUUGCUCUUCUGAUAUUGCCAGGGAAAGUGGUAUGCUAGAACAGUCUUUUGUUAAAUCAACGCAACAAGCAAACCGUACUGAUGAAAUGGCCAAUAUUUUUUAUAACAAUAAUGAAAGCUGUGGAGUGAGAGGGAAAAAAAAAAGAGAUUUCCAGAGCAAGGAAAAAGGAAACAGCAUCUAUGGUGGUGCAACUGCAAGAUCUAGGCAUUCUUACCUGAAUCCCAACUGUUUGGAUGAACAUUUGAGGCUGGAUAAAUCUGCUAUGGUUGAGGAAGGUGGCAAUGUCACUGAAAGUUCUGGAGUGAGAGAAGUGCAAAUUAAAGACUUCCAAGGCAAGGAAAAGAGCAAUAUUUAUUGUGGUCGAGUUACAAGAUCAAGAAGUUCUCACCAACAAUCUACUAGAGAGUUUCUGAAACUGCAUGAUUCUUUUAAUUGUGUCAAUGAUUUAUCUGAGUUAUCUUCCUCCAAUCCAACUUUGAAUCUGGACACCUCUCCUUUCACUGCCAAGGGAGAGGGUGUUACACUUGUACAGCCUGAAGGUGAAUCAGUGCAACUGUCUCAAACUUCAAAUUGUAUCGGGAAAGAUGUCCAUCCUCAGAACGCACUGACCACUCAAAUUUCUGCAGGAAGGUUUUCAUCAACUCCGAAGGGUUUAGACUUACAUUCAGUGCGUGAAGAAGAGCACCCGCCUGAGGGAAAUGUUUUGGAUGAUCAUGCUGGUGCAGAUAAAAGAUUACAAACUACUCAUAGUACAAAGAGCGUAUUAAAUCUAGACAACUUCAAUAUUUCAGAUUGUAGAGUUACUGAGUCUAUAUCUGCUGCACCUAGAAAAUCUCCCUUAGUAGAACCACAGAUCAGCUCUGAAGGAAAUGUCAUGGAAAAAGUGUCAGGUACGCAAGUAAAUGUCAUGCCUGGUCCAGACUCUCCAAAUGUUGUUCGGGAAAGAUUUACUGCAACUUCAGACUGUGACAUAAUUAUGCCCAAGCAACUUAAUUUUGAUGAUGCGGAAGACUGUAGUUUGAAUUAUUCUGAUACUGCAUUGGAAAAGAACAGACAGGACAGAACACUGGAGAUGAGACGACUUACCUUGUUGAAGCCUGCAGAAUCUCUGAAUGAACUAACACCUGGAAGCUGCCAUAAAAAAGGCCAUUUGUUGUCAGAGAAGUUAUCGCUCGAGGGGCAGGAAGUUUUGAGCGAACGAGAGGAGGCUUUGAGGGGAUUUGCUGAAGCCCAUGCACAGACGACAGAUGAAGCUGGGAUAAGUAAUUUAGGACGUGAUCUUUGCAUUGAUUCAUUUGCAAGAACUUCAAAUUUAUUUGCUGUGUCAUCAGUGAAAGAAGCAUCUGAUGUGCAAGAAGACGUGACACUUCAUAUGUCACUAGAAUUUGACAAAAGCUCAGAACGGACUUCUUUGAUAGAUCAUUCACCUAAUUUACAUGUUGCUAGAAACAAUUCGUUGGGAAGCCUGCCAGAAAAAGUAAUGGAUUCCAUUUUAUCUAAUGUAGAUGAAGAUAGAAGGAUUGAUUUUUCUUCUGAACAGAAUUCUGGGGAGCUUGAUGGAACUUGUACUGCACAAAGUGUUUCAGAAGUCAUUGAACUUGAGAACCGUGGUGGUCCUAAAAAACCAGCUGACUCUGAUUUUGACAAGGUUAUUGAAUCUGACAUUAUUAUUGUUCCACCUGUAUCUUCGGGAGAUCUUGCAGCAAAGAUUCCUAUUGCAUUUGUGGAUGAGAUGAGGGGUAAUGUUGCUGAGCAGAAAAUGACAUUGGGCAUUGCACCAUAUGAAAAAGAAAAUGAAGUAACAACUGACUUCUUUGGGACCUAUAUUUGCAAUGGUAAGGAUGUUGCAUGUUCUGAACCAAGUGAUUCUCAUAUUGCAGAGAAAUCCAUACGAGUAGGAAGAAUGUUGAGCACUGAAAUGGAUGGUUCAUGGCCUCAGUAUAAGCGGAGAAGGAUUGAAGGUCAACUAACUAAUUUCUUUUCCGCUUCCCAGAGCUCGAGGGUAAAACGGCAUCAGAGUAUUCUCGGGGAUGUGGCAAAUAGAUACUUGAACAGUGUAGUAGGCAAUUCAGAGGCUUUUCCGAAUUCGCAGAACUAUCCUCUUUCUAAUGAGGUGGAUGUUUCACAAUUAAAUGUCAAUCAGAGAACCAGUUUAGGAAUUCAUCAGAACAUAACAUGCCACAUGAAUGAAGGUUUUGAAUAUUUUCCUGAGCUGCCAGAAGAGGAUGGAUUUGGUGUGGAAGGGAUACAUAAAAGUGUAAAUUUGACCAAUCAGGCAGCUGGAGAUUCUCAGGUUUGCUUGGAGCAAGUGAGACAGGAAGAUCCAACUAGCACUAUUCGUGGUGUAAGAAGACAGUUUGCUGCAGGUGGUAUCCAAGAUUUGUUGCAUUCUGAAGAUCAACUUAAUCUUGGAAGUGAAGAGUUGUCUUCUGCUGAAAUAAUUUCCCACAUGAGAGAAGAUGACUUAUUUUCGAACUGUUCGGUUGGGUCUCCUAAUAACUCACACGUGGACUUGACCAGUGUUGAUCAAAGCAUGCCUGUAUUUGAGGGUUUUGUUAUGCACAUGGAGAAUGGACAGCCAUGUAUUGUAAGAGACGAGAUCAGCUUUGAUGAAUUGAACCUUCCAAAUUCUGCAAUAGAACGUGCUACUGUUCUGGAGCAGCUUUGCAGAUCAGCUAGCAUGCAGACCCCAUUAUCCCAUUUUUCCAAUACAUACGGGUUUCAUAGAAUGCCAGAUGUAUGCCAGUCUGUUCCAAAUGGGCUUCUAGAGCACAAGGACAUGGGAAAAACCCUUCAUUUAAAUGGUGAUUCUGAUAAGCAAAUUGAGGAAUGUCAUGGUUGCCUGAAUGGGGAGGUUUGUUCUUUUCAUGGGAGGUCAAAAUCUUGCAAACCAUUUUCUAGUGCCCGAUUUGUUUGGGAUACCAGCAAACCUUAUUCAUCUCCUGCUGGAAAGCUAUGGGAAGGAAUCACAUUUAAAUCUGGCAGUUCAGGGAAGCGAGGAAGCUUAAAUCCAGAGCUUGCCUGCUUCACAAUCAGGGAAGAAGAAACUGGGAAUACAGAUGAGGUUGUUGAUACAUUCCAACAAGAGAACGGUGGACUGGAUAUGGAAAACACUACCAAAAUAAAAUCACUUACUGACAUUAAACAAGAAUGCGCAAACCCUCCUGCAUUGAUUUCUGCAGCCGAGAUAUUCCCUGAUAGAGUUAGUCUCGAUUCUGUCAGUACUGAAAUCAGUUUCACUGGAACUCAUAAUGGGGUCAAGCAGAAGCUUCGAAACCACUACAGAGGCAAGAAAAGAUGUACAAAUGAGGGCAAAGAAAACCUGAAUUUUUCUGCCAGUACAAAUGGUGUUAAGAAGGUGACUGCAUCUCUUCGUGCGAGGGUUAGUAAGAAAAAAUUAUCGCAAAAAACUAGUUUGAGAAACAAAGGCCCAAGUUUGUUAGAAAGGGACUCUAAAUGUAACAACAUAGUGUCCAAUAUCGCUUCCUUUAUUCCGCUUGUUCAGCAAAAACAGGCUGCUGCUGUUGUUACAGGGAAGAGGGACAUCAAAGUGAAGGCUCUGGAGGCUGCUGAGGCUGCAAAACGCCUUGAAGAAAAAAGAGAGAAUGAACGUAAGAUGAAGAAGGAAGCAUUGAAGCUUGAGCGAUCAAGAUUGGAGCAAGAAAAGCAAUUGGAACAAAUCAAGAAAAAGAAAGAAGUGGAACGAAAGAAAAAAGAAGCUGAUAUGGCAGCGAAGAAAAGACUGAGGGAAGAUGAAGAAAGGAAAGAGAAGGGAAGAAAAAGAAAAUGCAUCGAAGAAGCACGGAGACGCCAGAGAGAAGAUACGGAGAAACUGCCUGCUGACAAAGGGGAGAGCCAAACCAUGGAUGAGGUACAACACGAAAGGAAGGAAUCAGACAAUGAAAUAGGCAAGCAAGAGAAUGCUGAAAAAGAAAGGUUUGAAGACACUGUUGGGAGAAUGCCAGAUUCUGACCUGAACCUAAGACAGUUGUCUAUAAGUGAUGCUGCAAGAGGAAGUUUUGUGAUUGAACAUUGUGGUGAUAUUGAAAAGGUAAUGAGCAACUUGGAGAAAACAAUUCCAAAUGAUACCACCAUUGUUAAUACAAUUCGAGAACAAUCAUAUGAGAUUUCCCCUUAUCAAAGCUCAGAGGAUGAAGAGGAAGAAGAGGAUGAUGUGCCAAAUGAAAAAUUUAUCCCUUCAUGGUCCAGUGAAAGUAGCCUGGCUCAGGCUGUAUACUGCCAGCAAAGAGUAGACCCUGAUGUGAUAUUCCCUAUAGAAAGCUUUUGCCCUAUUUCUGAAGUUUUGUCUCAAAAACAACGGCUAGCAUGACUGGAAUUAGUUGGAUGUGUUGCCUGCAUUCCAUGAAAUCAAGAAUAUUUCGUCGGGCAUGACACUGUUAAGUCAGGGUAAUCUCUCUCUCUCUCUCUCUCUCUCACACACACACACACACACACAAUAAUGGAUAUCCCCUGCUGGCUCAGUUAACUUGAUAGCAUUAUGUGUUAGGGAUGCAUCAACGUUUAGUCCAAAUAAGUUUUAGGAAAACAAAAUGAAAUAUACCAUGUCUGAUCGAAAAUUUGUUAUAAGUACCAUCAUGAUAAUCGGGUUGUUACUUGACUGUAAAAUUUGCCAAAAUGACUUAUGGAGGAGUGAUAGUUGAUUACCUCAGAUACCUAAUUUUUAGUAUGUGCAUGUGAGCAUAAAAUGCAUGUUGGUUUUCUUUGCUGAAGUAACGGAUUUUUUCUUUUGUUGCAAUUUCCUGAAGAACAUUUUUGGAUGAAUUCAUUAGAAUGAAACUUCUUGGUGAUAGAAGUUCCUUCCCGGCUCCUGUAUAUACCUGUUGUACCAUUAGAUUUCUUUUCUCAAAUGGAGCAGAGUUCACAAGACUGACGGCCACUGGUUAGAUAUUCUUUUUCAAAUCAAGUAAAGGUUGAAAGUUCGACCGCCAACAGGGAGUGCCUUUCUGCUGCCGUGCUGUUUAUUGUUGUUUCCAUUGGAUUAGAGGGAGUAGAAAUGACAAACUAACUGCAGCUCAAAAUUUUGAGACAAGAAUUCAAGAACAAAUUGGUGAUAAAACAGCCCUUUGAAGAUGCAUCUUUGUUUUUUUAUCAACCGUUAGCUGCUUUGUUGUGCAGCAUGUUGUAAAAUUGAUUCGAUUACAAAUUCGAAAGUUGUAUGAUAUUCUUGAAAUGGUUUAAGCUCGUCUAAAAGCACAAAUUCUAGGGUGUGCCUCGAAUAAUGGUAUGAAUUUAUGCCUAUUAACCUCUAUUGAAUCCAUCUGUAUCGCAGAAGUCUGAACAGUUUAGGUGAAGUUCGAACACCCUUGAACUUGAUUCAGUCUUGCAAUA